AAAACUUUACAAAAUGAUGUUCAUUCGUUUCGAUAGGUAUAUAUAAGUCGGGAGAACCAGUUAACUUUUGAACAGUCUACAGAUACACCUCCUAGAAGCAUGUUGCGUCUCGGAAUAAUAUUUUCCUGUUGAGUUUAGCUUCUGCAAGUAGUCAGGAUCAAAAGGAUGUUUGCAAUCUAAUCUACAUUUGUGACAAUGUUUCGGAAUUGAAAUCAGAGAUGGCUUUACUACGUGAGGAGCAACAACAUCAGACUCAGAUUUUGGAGGAAUUGAAACCAUAUCCUGCCAACUGUGCUGUUGUAUCAAAGGAUACUAAACUCCAGAUCCGAGUGCCCGAGUACAGUGAGGAUCCCUUUGAGGUGGCCUGUGAUCAGCGGAAUCAUGGUGGCGGCUGGACAAUUAUUCUGCGGCGAAACGAUGGAAGCGAGGACUUUUACCGAGGAUGGGAGGACUACAAGCAAGGAUUUGGGAAGCUGGGAAAUGAGUUUUUCCUGGGACUGGACAAACUCCAUGCGAUGACUGCUUCAGAGCCACAGGAGUUACUUGUCCUUCUGGAGGAUCAUGAGGGAGUAAAAAAAUAUGAAAUGUACGAUGACUUUAAGGUAGGCUCCGAGGAUACAAAUUAUAUCCUGGAAUCGGUUGGAUCUGCGUCUGGAGACGCCGGUGAUUCCCUGACAGAUCAUCGUGGUAUGAUGUUUAGUACUAAGGAUCGGAAAAACGACCUGAGAACUGAUGGUGACGAGUGCGCAAAAAUGUAUACAGGUGCAUGGUGGUAUUUCUCGUGUCAUAGAAGCAACUUGUGUGGAAAAUAUGGCGACAAUACCUUUGGAAAGGGAAUAAAUUGGUAUGCAUUCAGGGGCCACCAUCAAUCACUCAAGCGAGCCGUCAUGAUGAUCAGACCAAGGACAUCAGCUCUAAACUAAUAUAAGUUUAGUCAACAAAACAUUUUGCGCAAUUUUUUGUAAUAUUCUGUUUGUUAUCAGUUCUCAUCGGCCAAUA